CUUAUAUAUUUACUCUGAGCAAAGGGUAUUCAUUUAUGGCAUACUCUGGCCUAAACACCUGUCUUUUUGAUUAAGGCAUUGGAUAUGGAGACCGCACCAACACCAUGGUCGGGAGUCCCGCUUAUAUGGCGCCGGAAAUAGUGAUGGUGGAGGAAUAUACAAGAGACGUCGACUGGUGGUCUCUUGGAGUCAUCGUAUAUGAAAUGCUCCUCGGGAUGAGACCCUUCAUUGGAUAUGACAGAGAAUUCAUAUAUGAUUCAAUUGUGGAGGACGAACCAUGCUACCCCGCAUCAAUGGACUCUGGAGCAUUAAGCUUUAUAUCAAAGGUAAGAAGAGUUAAGUUUAUUACAGUGACCGCUUUCUAAUUCUCUUGAGUUUCCCCAAAGCUUCUGUACAUGUAACUGCUAUUUUCUGUUCUUGUAGCUGUUGAAGAAGAAUGCAAAGGAGAGACUGGGUUCUACCCCGGGAGAUGCUGCAGAUGUAGCAGAACAUCCUUUCUUCCAUGUAAGUCCACUGUCUCUAUUGUCCAAAUAAUUCUAGGAUCUGAUGGGCUAUACCUUUGGAUAUUAUCCACAAUUUCUAAAAAUGGCCGCUUAGCCCCUUUUUCUCUAAUAAUGAGCAUUUUUUAUGGUGUCUACGUUGCAGGACAUUGACUGGGAUGACAUAAUUGAAAGGAAGGUGAUGGCUCCGUUUAUUCCAAGCCUGGACGGACCGGAGGAUGUGAGAUAUUUUGAAAAGAAGUAUACCGACCUGCCGG